AAACCAGACGAUUCCAUUGAGAAAACCACAGUCAGAUUUUUGUGAGGAGAGUGUAGUCGACAAUCCAUCCUGAGCGGACAGCAUUUGCACGAGCGCGGAGCGAAUCAGCACUUCUUUUCCACAUUGCCAAGGAAUAAAAUUUCCACAAAGAAGUAACAGAGGGCCCGGGAUCUCCUGCUGCUUGUGUCACCCCUGCCUCCCCCUCCUCCCCUGCAACUUCAGCUCAAAGGGAGUGAAGACGGGCAAUCAUGGACAGAUUUUACGACCAGCAAGUCCCUUUCAUGGGCCCCCCUAGUAAUUCUCACAUGGAAGAGCAAACAAGCAGGCUUUAUAACGACCGCAAGAGAAAGUUUGUGGAAACGGAGCUGGCCCAGGACACAGAAGAUCUCUUUCAAGACCUUCUGCAACUUCAAGAGACAUGGAUUGCCGAAGCUCAGGUGCCCGAUGACGAGCAGUUUGUUCCAGAUUUCCAGUCAGAUAACCUAAUGUUUCAUGGACCUUCGGCCAAUAAGGUGAAGCAGGAGCCUAUCCCUUCCAGGGAGCUGUCCCCCUGCAGUCAGGAACCACAGAGACUGACUCCCUACACAGACAAGUGCCAUUACACCUGCAGUCUCCUCCCGCACAGUGCCUACAACAGGAAAACCCUCGGCAUCCACACUCUAACCCCGCCCUCCACCCCUGCUUUGCCCUGCAACUCCACCCUGGGGACACACCCCCUGCAGAGGCAGAUCACGCCCACUAUCCAGACGUCGCACCCUGGCCACAGUCGUCUUCCGCACGGGCACGCCGCCUCCCCGGGCCCUUCCCAGCACCGGCCCCACCCCUUCGCCAUGCCCCUCCUCCCCGCCAAUCACUCCGAUGCCCCUUACAGUUCAGAGCACAGGUUUCAUCGGCAGCUGUCUGAGCCAUGUCCCUCUUUACCUCCGUCUGACGGCUGCGCCCGUGCCCCCUACCCGCCUCAGCCCCACCACUCCCACCGCAACCCCCUGUGCCGCGAUGGCCGCCCCCCUUACCAGCGACACCUGUCUGAGCCCAUAGUCCCUCUCCCUGCCCAGGACUUCAAGCAGGAGCUGGUGGACCCCCGCUACAUAGAGCAGGGAGUUCCAACCAUGUGCCCUCCCCGCACCUCCUUCCAGGGUCUCUCCAUCAAGCAGGAGCCUCAGGAUUUCCGCUUCGACCAAGAAGUGCAAAACUGCCAGUCUUCUUUCGGGAAGUCCAGCAGCUUCUACCAAAACAGCGAGGGGUUCGUGUUUGAGGGUGAGCCUCGUCUACACCACGACGACACAUGUGUUGUACCAGAGAGACUAGACGGCAAGAUCAAGCAGGAGGCCGGGGGGUUCCGUGACGGCCCGCCCUACCAGCGCCGAGGCUCCCUCCAGCUCUGGCAGUUCCUGGUCACUCUGCUGGACGACCCGGCCAAUGGCCACUUCAUCACCUGGACCGGCCGCGGCAUGGAGUUCAAACUCAUCGAGCCCGAAGAGGUUGCUCGGCGCUGGGGCCUACAGAAGAACCGGCCGGCCAUGAAUUACGACAAGCUGAGCCGAUCCCUGCGUUACUACUACGAGAAGGGCAUCAUGCAGAAGGUAAAGGUCGCUGGAGAAAGAUACGUGUACAAGUUUGUGUGUGACCCCGAGGCCCUGUUCUCCAUGGCCUUCCCUGACAACCAGAGGCCCAGCCUGAAGCAGGAUCCCGACAGCCUGGCCCUGGCGGUGGGGGAGGAGGACACCGCCAUGCCCCUGGCCCACUACGAGGACGGCUGCGGCCCCUACCAGGGCGACGGUGCAGAGCAGUGCUCCACUGGUCUGGGUUAUCCAGAUAACUAUUUAUUCUGAGUGCUCUGACCAACUAUACCAAGAAGGCUCUCAUCGGACACCCUGUCGGACCACUCCCCUAUUCCAACCCCUCAUAUCCUAACCACACCCCCAUAAGCCCAAACUGCUGAGCGGAUUUGGACCCCCCAGCCCCUACUAUCCCAAAACUCAGUCCUUCUGAGCUCUUUGCCAGUCUUGAGAUUUACCUUCCCAUGUCCCGAGGGGGAAAAAAGCAGACACAUACCGAAGAUGUCCACCUUCCUCCUCGUUUGCCCUGUGUCAACAGAUGGACUUGCGGCAGAAGACUGUGUCCUUACCGAUAUCGACGGAAUCAGUGAACGUCCAGUAGCCCAGCCCAACAUGGACUGUAGUUUAACACCACAGGAGUUGAGUAAGGACACUAAGUUAUGGGUGCGAGCGUGCCCGGACUGCAGCCAGUACACGUGAAAUAUCCUCUAUCUGGUUCUGUCUCCGGUAGGUACAACCAUGCCAAUGACAAUAUGACAAGGACAUAAAACACUGCCCUUUGAGAUGCCAACGGUUUUAUGGCUCGAAUCCAAAUCAUCAAACAGAAUAAGAAA